AUGCCUGACCGCCUUCCUCUGUCUGUUGCAGGAAUCAUCACGUCUCGCCACCUGACCGAGCGCCUCAGCAUCUCCGGGACCCGUAUUAAUACCGGCUCCCCCGUCUACAUAGAGAAGACCGUUCCCGACGCCCUCAAAGGCAAGUCCGUUUCCCGCCAGUCCCUGCUCGACAUCGUCUCCUCCAAGAUCAGCAUAGGAAGUCGGAAGAGGUUUUCGAGAGACUCCUUUUCGGCGUCCUACGUGAACAGAACCCAUGUGGCCUCCGAGCUGGACAUCAGCAGAAAGACGCGAGAGGCGCGCAAGAAGGAGAUCAGGAGCAAGCUGCGGCUGGAGACGUGGGAGCCCAGCUCGAACAGCUCGGACAAGAAAAUGGGAUGUAGAUGGACUUUCGUUUUCGAUCCUGCGGGGAGACUCUGUUAUUAUUGGUCAGUCGUUGUGUCUCUAGCGUUUUUAUACAAUCUCUGGGUGAUGGUUUAUCGAUUCGCCUUCCAGGAGAUAACCAAAGAUACUAUCCUCGUGUGGUUUUGUUUGGAUUAUUUUGCUGAUCUUAUAUAUGUUUUGGAUAUAGUAUUCCACUUCCGCACGGGUUACCUAGAAGAUGGUGUCUUACAAACUGACUCGCGAAAACUUCGUCAACACUACAUGAACUCUACGACAUUUUACAUUGAUUGUUUAUGUUUGUUACCGUUAGAUUUCUUAUACCUCUCAAUAGACUUUAAAUCAAUAUUAAGAUGUUUCCGUCUUGUGAAAAUAUACAAAUACUGGCACUUUUUAGACCGAACAGAGAGACACACCAAUUCACCUAACUUAUUCCGUUCAAUAAGUCUGAUCCACUACCUGCUGGUCAUAUUCCACUGGAAUGCCUGUAUUUUCUACAUGAUUGGCAAAAACGAUGGAUUCAGCUUCAAGCCAAGAUUCAUCUACUCCAACUCCAGUGAUGACAUUUUGGAGUACCUGAAAGCUUUCUAUUGGUGCACACUUAGUUUAACUACAAUCGGCAGUGUCCCUCUGCAUGACUCUUUCACCAACGGCACUUACAGUUCCCUGGACAUGCGAACCAAGACGGAUUACCUCUACCACAUAAUCCAGCUCAUGUUCGGCCUCCUGCUCUUCGCCACCGUGCUCGGCCACAUCGCCAACAUCGUCACCAACGUCUCGGCGGCGAGAAAGGAAUUCCAGGCCAAACUUGACGGCGUGAAGACCUACAUGCGCAUGCGGAGAGUCCCUGCACACCUUCAGGGAAAAGUCAUCAAGUGGUUCGAUUACCUGUGGCUCACGCAGAAGUGCUCGGAUGAGGAACGCGCCGUCAGCUGUCUGCCCGAUAAGCUGAAGGCUGAGAUGGCCAUCCACGUGCACCUGGACACCCUCAAGCGCGUGGAGAUUUUUCAGAACACCGAGGCCGGGUUCCUCUGCGAGCUCGUCCUCCACCUUCGGCCUGUGCUCUUCUCUCCCGGCGACUACAUCUGCAGAAAAGGAGAGGUUGGCAAAGAGAUGUAUAUAGUCAACCGAGGUCUGCUGCACGUCGUGGCGGACAACGGCAAGACGAUGCUGGCCACACUCAAGGCUGGCUCCUAUUUUGGUGAGAUUUCCAUCCUCAACAUGGGAACGGCAGGCAAUCGGCGGACAGCCUCGGUGAGGUCAGUGGGCUACAGCGACUUGUUUGUGCUUUCGAAGAAGGACAUGUGGGACGUCUUGAAGGAGUACCCGGCAGCUCGCGUCCGCUUGGAAGCAAUAGCAGCUAAGAGACUGGAAAAGUACAAAAAGGCUCCGCUGGAGAAAGCCGCCAUGGGUAGGAGUAGCUCCACCCCAGGCCUGGUCGAGUCCUCAGGCAGAGUCCCACUGGAGGAGAUGUGGCUUCCUCCUGUCAUCCGCCCCCCGCCGUAUCCCAUCCCAGGAUAUAGCCCCAGUAACAGCCCGGGUGCCAGGUCGAGAGCACAGCGAUCCCAGACGAUGGAUUCUGAACGGCAGACGAUGGAGUCCGCCCUGAGUGACUCCUCCUCCAGACACUCCCACUCCACCGACGAAGACAAGACGGGGCACCACCUCUCCCAUCACCAUCUUCAGCACCCUCACCAUUAUCACUGUCCGCCCACACACCUUUAUGUUUUAUCUAAAACCUUUAGUUCACUAUCCUUACUUGAGCUUAUCUUCCCUUUGCCCUCUAAUUUGCCCUAAUCCCUUCCUCACAAAGACCUCUCCCUUCCAGUACAACUCCAGGGGUCCCACAGUGCAGGCGCUCUGCCCCGCGACUCGCCCCAGGAGCUCCUCCUCGGCGAAAUCCGGCGGCUGCGCGAACGCCUCGUGACGCUGGAGAGUGAGAACGCCACCAUGAGCAUGAAGCUGAGCCAGCAGCAGUGGGAGGUGGAGCACCGGCUGCACGAGAUAGAGAUGCAGCUCUGCGGGAAUUCUAGCAAUGCUUCUAGUAAUGAGGACAACGAGAGGAAUAGAGAGAGUAUUAUAUAAUCAUUUUUUCUUUUUUUUUCUCGUCUUUUUUGAGUUGAACUCUUUGAGUCUAAAGUUCAAGCUUGAUUGUUUCGUAUACUUUAGGAUAGAAACUUUUGGAUUCUAUUUUACUUCAUAAAGUAUUGAGCGAUGCUUCAAGAACCAGUUUAAAGAUAAAAAACAGGUGAUAAGAUGUAGUGGAGUGGAAAGAUGAUAGAAGGAAAA